AUGCCUAUCCCAUUUGAAGGGUUAUUGCCCUAUGCCAUCAUGGCAGCCUUUUUCGGAGUUGCCGGCCACGGUGUUGGUUUUGUCAGAUACUGGGACAACGGCUGGAAAAACGACAGAUUUGAUUUAGAUGCUUGGGAUGAAAAGAUGAUGAACAGAGAUUUUCUUUUAACCGGUGUAUCAAGAGGUCAAAGUCAAGAAGCUAUAGCACCUGAGCAUUUCAAAACAGCCCAAAAGGAAUUACAAUCCUACUAUACUCCAUACAGAAACCAAUUCUUCAAACUCAGAGAAAGAAUGUACAGAGGUUAUGUCACUGGGAACUGGGAUUUCAGUUAA